AUGUCCAACACUCUUCGUCCUUAUUUAACAGCCGUUCGUUCGACGUUGACUGCGGCAUUAUGUCUUGACAACUUUUCUUCCGAGAUUGCAGAACGUCACAACACGCCAGAAGUAGAAUCAGGAAAAUCCAACGAAGUUUUGAUGAAUCCACUAUGUAUCAGCCGAAAUGAAAACGAAAAGGUGCUUAUUGAGCCAUCGGUAAACUCGAUUCGAGUGAGUAUCAAGGUGAAACAAGCGGAUGAUCUGGAGCGCAUUCUGUGCCACAAAUUCGCACGGUUUUUGAUGAUGAGAGCCGAGAGCUUCGUCAUUCUUCGCAGAAAGCCUGUAGAGGGUUAUGAUAUCUCGUUCCUGAUUACGAACACGCAUACGGAGCAAAUGUACAAGCACAAGCUGGUCGAUUUCAUUGUGCAUUUCAUGGAGGAAGUGGACAAGGAAAUCUCAGAGAUGAAACUAAGUGUCAAUACACGCGCGAGAACGGUGGCAGAGAGCUACCUUGCACAGGGACCACGAGUCCCCAAGUUUCCCACGGCCCUCCCAGACGAUCAACGCACCUAA